AUGGAGACCCCACUUCCGCAGAAGAGACAAGACCCCCCCCCCCACGACCAAGCACUUGGGGUCUUCAGCCACGUUCCCCACGUUCGCGUGGAGAGCGUCUUUGUGACCAGCUUCCGCAGCCGUGACCCCUCGGUUUCAGCGCAUCCUCCUAACGCGGGGCUGGCUGACGUGAUGCUUGCACCCCACUUUAAUCGAAUUGAAAAUCAGUUCUUUAAGGGUGGCUGUGCUGGCUCUGGCUGCGGAAAGUGUGACUGCCAUGGAGUGAAGGGACAGAAGGGCGAAAGAGGCCUCCCCGGCUUGCAAGGUGUCAUCGGAUUCCCUGGGAUGCAAGGACCGGAGGGGCCGCAGGGACCCCCAGGACAGAAGGGGGACACGGGAGAACCUGGACUACCUGGAACAAAGGGCACAAGGGGACCCCCAGGAGCAUCCGGCUACCCAGGAAACCCAGGACUUCCCGGUAUUCCUGGCCAAGAUGGUCCCCCCGGUCCACCAGGUAUCCCCGGAUGCAAUGGAACAAAGGGCGAGCCAGGGCCUCUGGGGCCUCCGGGUUUGCCUGGAUUCACUGGAAAUCCCGGGCCGCCAGGGUUGCCAGGAAUGAAGGGGGAGCCAGGUGAGAUCAUUGGCCACGUGCCUGGGACGCUGCUGAAAGGUGAACGGGGCUUUCCUGGACGCCCGGGAGCACCGGGCCCGCCGGGACUGCCAGGGCUGCAGGGUCCUGUUGGCCCCCCAGGAUUCACCGGACCCCCAGGUCCUCCAGGUCCUCCUGGCCCUCCAGGUGAAAAGGGGCAAAUGGGCUUAAGUUUCCAAGGGCCAAAGGGCGAAAAGGGUGACCAAGGGGUCAGUGGGCCCCCGGGCGUUCCAGGACAAGCUCAAGUUCAAGAAAAAGGAGACUUUGCUACUAAAGGAGAGAAGGGUCAAAAAGGUGAACCUGGAUUUCAGGGAAUGCCAGGGGUUGGAGAGAAAGGGGAGCCCGGCAAACCAGGGCCCCGAGGAAAACCUGGCAAAGACGGCGAAAAAGGAGAAAAAGGGAGUCCCGGGUUUCCAGGCGACGCGGGUUACCCCGGACUCCCGGGCCGGGAAGGGUUCAAGGGAGCCAAGGGUGAAGCAGGUCCCCCAGGCCCACCUGGAGACGUGAUCGGCAUAGGACCCUUGGGAGAGAAAGGAGACAGGGGGUACCCAGGGUCUCCAGGGCUGAGAGGAGAGCCAGGCCCCAAAGGUUUCCCAGGAUUACAAGGCCAGCCCGGCCCUCCAGGCCUCCCGGUUCCGGAGCUCCCGGGGGCUCCUGGCUUCCCCGGCGAAAGAGGGCAGAAAGGUGACCAGGGGUUUCCAGGCACGUCUUUGCCAGGACCAAGCGGAAGGGACGGGUUCCCGGGGCCCCCCGGGCCUCCGGGGCCCCCCGGUCAGCCGGGCCACACAAACGGGAUUGUGGAGUGCCAGCCUGGACCGCCAGGGGACCGCGGUGCCCCCGGAAGUCCGGGGCAGCCAGGGCGGACGGGCGAAGUUGGAGAAAAAGGUCAGAAAGGAGACAGUUGCCUCAUCUGCGACACAGCAGGGCUUCGUGGGCCCCCGGGGCCGCAGGGCCCCCCAGGAGAAUCAGGUUUCCCGGGACAGCCAGGGGCCAAGGGCGACAGAGGCGUGCCCGGCAGAGACGGUCUGGAAGGAUUGCCUGGUCCGCAAGGUGUGCCGGGGCUGAUGGGCCAGCCCGGGGCCAAGGGAGAGCCCGGCGAGAUUUACUUCGACGCACGGCUCAAAGGAGACAAAGGAGACCCGGGCUUUCCAGGCCAGCCCGGGAUGCCGGGCAGAGCAGGCGCUCCGGGGAGAGACGGCCACCCGGGUCUGCCCGGCCCCAAAGGCUCCCCGGGGUCAGUAGGGGUGAAAGGAGAGCGGGGGCCCCCUGGAGGAGUUGGAUUUCCCGGCAGCCGCGGCGACAUCGGCCCUCCUGGGCCUCCAGGGUUUGGCCCCAUCGGCCCCGUUGGUGACAAAGGACAAGCGGGUUUUCCAGGAAACCCUGGACCCCCAGGCCAGCCAGGUCCCAGGGGUGAAGCUGGAAAAGUUGUGCCCCUACCUGGUCCCCCUGGAGCACAAGGACUUCCGGGGUCCCCGGGUUUCCAAGGACCCCAAGGUGACCGAGGUUUUCCCGGAACUCCGGGAAGGCCGGGCCUGCCGGGAGAGAAGGGCGCUGUUGGCCAGCCUGGAAUCGGAUUUCCAGGGCCUCCCGGCCCCAAAGGUGUCGAUGGCUUGCCUGGAGACGUGGGACCCCCUGGCAGCCCAGGUCGCCCGGGAUUUAACGGCUUACCUGGCAACCCAGGCAUGCCCGGCCAGAAGGUGGGGAAGGAAGUGGAGUUGCUGGGAGGCACCGGUGUGGGCUGGGGGAGGGGCCGAGGGCAGCGGUUCCACCUGGCCAGGAAGGAGCUGCCUGGCCCCCCCGGACUGAAGGGAGAGAAGGGCUUCCCCGGAUUUCCAGGUCUCGACAUGCCAGGCCCCAAAGGAGACAAAGGGUCCCCGGGGCUGCCCGGCCUGACAGGCCAGUCGGGGCUCCCCGGUCUUCCCGGACAGCAGGGCACGCCCGGCCUCCCCGGCAUUCCAGGUCCCAAGGGAGAGAUGGGUGUCAUGGGGACCCCAGGGCAGCCCGGCUCGCCAGGCCCGGUGGGAGCGCCAGGACUGCCCGGAGAAAAAGGGGACCACGGCUUCCCGGGCUCCUCGGGGCCCAGGGGAGACCCCGGCUUCAAGGGGGACAAAGGAGACGUAGGUCUCCCGGGCAAGCCUGGGUCCAUGGAUCACGUGGACAUGGGCAGCAUGAAGGGUCAGAAGGGAGACCAAGGAGAGAAAGGCCAGAUUGGACCGACUGGUGAUAAAGGAUCCCGGGGCGACCCUGGAACCCCAGGAAUGCCAGGGAAGGACGGCCAGGCGGGACAUCCUGGGCAGCCAGGACCUAAAGGUGACCCCGGUGUCAGCGGGACCCCGGGUGCUCCAGGGCUCCCCGGACCCAAAGGAUCGGUUGGUGGCAUGGGCCUGCCAGGCACACCCGGAGAAAAAGGCGUGCCUGGGGUCCCUGGGCAGCAGGGCGUCCCCGGCUUGCCCGGCGAGAAGGGAGCAAAAGGCGAGAAAGGGCAGGCAGGCCUCCCUGGGAUCGGGAUCCCGGGCCGGCCAGGGGACAAGGGAGACCAAGGCGUCGCAGGAUUUCCGGGAAGUCCUGGAGAGAAGGGAGAGAAAGGAAGCGCGGGGGUCCCGGGGUUGCCCGGCUCCCCCGGCCCCCCAGGAUCCCCUGGGAGCGUUGGCUAUCCAGGGAGCCCCGGGUUGCCUGGAGAAAAGGGUGACAAAGGCCUCCCGGGGACAUCUGGCGUUCCCGGCAUCAAGGGAGAAGCAGGUCUUCCCGGGAAGCCCGGCCCUGCGGGCCCAGCCGGCCAGAAAGGGGAGCCCGGCAGCGACGGAAUCCCGGGGUCGGCGGGAGAGAAGGGGGCACCAGGCCUGCCCGGAAGAGCGUUCCCAGGGUUUCCGGGCACCAAAGGAGAGAAAGGCUCAAAGGGCGACGUGGGUUUUCCCGGACAGGCCGGGAGUCCAGGAAUCCCCGGAUCCAAAGGAGAGCAAGGAUUCAUGGGUCCCCCAGGGCCCCAAGGACAGCCGGGCUUACCUGGAGCUCCGGGCCGUGCUGUGGAGGGGCCCAAAGGAGACCGGGGCGCACAGGGCCAGCCGGGCCUGCCAGGACUUCCGGGACCCGCAGGGCCUCCGGGGCUCCCUGGGCUCGACGGACUGAAAGGUGACAAAGGAAACCCAGGCUGGCCGGGGUCUCCCGGUGCUCCAGGACCCAAGGGAGAGCCAGGAUUCCAGGGCCUGCCUGGAAUUGGUGGCUCUCCAGGACUCACAGGCUCCAAGGGUGACACAGGACUUCCAGGAGUUCCAGGAUUUCAAGGUCCGCAAGGCCUCCCCGGGCUGCAGGGAGCCAAGGGCGACCAAGGUGACCAGGGCUUCCCCGGAAGUAAAGGUCUCCCCGGACCCCCGGGCCCCCCAGGGCCCUACGACGUCAUCAAGGGAGAGCCAGGGCUCCCUGGUCCAGAGGGACCCCCGGGUCUGAAGGGGCUUCCGGGACCCCCAGGCCCCAAAGGACAGCAAGGUGUGACGGGAUCCGCGGGCUUGCCCGGACCUCCAGGGAUCCCCGGUUUUGACGGUGCUCCCGGCCAGAAAGGAGAGACGGGACCCUUUGGCCCCCCUGGUCCCAGAGGGUUUCCGGGCCCGCCAGGCCCCGAUGGGUUGCCGGGACCCAUGGGUGCCCCCGGCACCCCAUCUGUGGAUCACGGCUUCCUGGUGACCAGGCACAGUCAGACCACGGACGACCCUCAGUGCCCCCCUGGGACCAAGAUCCUCUACCACGGGUACUCCCUGCUCUAUGUGCAGGGCAACGAGCGGGCGCACGGCCAGGACCUGGGCACGGCCGGGAGCUGUCUGCGCAAGUUCAGCACGAUGCCCUUCCUGUUCUGUAACAUCAACAACGUGUGCAACUUCGCCUCCCGAAACGACUACUCCUACUGGCUGUCCACGCCCGAGCCCAUGCCCAUGUCCAUGGCGCCCAUCGCCGGCGACAACAUCAGACCCUUCAUCAGCAGGUGCGCGGUGUGCGAGGCUCCCGCCAUGGUGAUGGCCGUGCACAGCCAGACCAUCCAGAUUCCGCAGUGUCCCAGCGGCUGGUCCUCCCUCUGGAUCGGCUACUCCUUCGUGAUGCACACCAGCGCUGGUGCCGAAGGGUCCGGCCAAGCCCUGGCAUCCCCCGGGUCCUGUCUGGAAGAGUUCAGGAGCGCGCCAUUCAUCGAGUGCCACGGACGUGGGACUUGCAAUUACUACGCGAAUGCGUACAGCUUUUGGCUUGCCACGAUCGAGAGAAGCGAGAUGUUCAAGAAGCCCACGCCGUCCACCUUGAAGGCCGGGGAGCUGCGCACGCACGUCAGCCGUUGCCAAGUCUGUAUGAGAAGAACAUAAUGAACCCGGCCCUCAGCUAACGUACAACAUGGUGCUACCCCCUCCUCCCCCUUCUUUUGUUAACAGCAACGAACCCUAGAAAUAUAUCCCGUGUACCUCACUGUCCAGUAUGAAAGCCGUAAAGUGCCUUAUAGGAAUUUGCCUAACUAACACACCACGCUUUGGUGGCCUCUACUCGCUGAAGGAGAAGCAAAGAGCAUGAUAAGCUGUCAUAGGGACACACCAAAUGGCACUUCUGAUGAAAUAAAAGUCUAAGUCUGUCCUCCAGUCCGAUGUGCUGACGCGUGAAGCACGAACUCCAUCCGAAAACCGAAGGGUGCUAGCAGGUGCGCAGGGCCUCCAUGCCGUCUGAGCGCCCGUGUCCACUCUCGCAUUGGGACAGGUGCGUUCCGCCCCCGGAGGGGACUCGUUUACGUCACCACGGAGCUGUUUCCCAGCGCAGGUCCCUGGGUGCUGCGCGAAGGGCGUUUCGGGCCUGCGCACGGAAUGUCUCAGCCGCCGUGUCUUCCAACCCCCCAGACGUAAAUCUAGGGCUUUCCGCUCUGUGUGGUACUCUACAGCUGCUUGUGCAGAAAUCACAAAUUUCCUGUGGAAUAAAGCCGGUCCCAAAGUAGGCGGAAAUUAAAUAUAUAUAUUAUUUUAGUAAUUUAUAUAGAUGUCGGCAAUCAGGUCAAAGGUCUGUUUCAUUUCCACUGUUAAAAUAAAGCUUACGUAGUUUCUUCCUUGAGAAGACUGUGUUGUCCUUUCACAUAGAUUUUUAACACCCGGGUGUGAACGUGACCCACCGUUCUUGUUCACCUCCAGACCAAAGCGCGCGUACCGCCAAAGCCGGGCCGGGCCCACGACGCGGCGUCCGUUCUCGUGAAGCACGUCCUGUCCUUGGAGCUUGUUGUUUCUCUUCUGUAUUAAGUAUCUUCAGGGUUUUAAACACUCAUCACGACUGAAUGACUUGACUUCAAAACCAGCAACCGUAAAAGGCCUUCGUCUCCCUCGUGUUGGGGGUCACGCGGCCGGGUGUGCAAGCAGCUCUGUUGAACCCUCGUGUCAGCGCUCGCCCCGUGUGAGGGCUCCGGGCGGCUCGCGCUCUGGGCUCAGCGGGGAGCGGACGGGCCGCAGGCGCCCGCAGCGGCCUUGCACCAAAGUCUCCAGCACGGUUUUAAGACUACUAAGGCCUUCCAUGUAAUUUCUUUACAUGUGUAUUUCUUAAAAAUUCAAAUUUGUAAUAAAACUAUUUGUAUAAAAAUUAAGCUUUUAUUAAUUUGUUGCCAGUGUUGCCACAGAUACGUUAAAAGUUGCCGCACCAGCCACUAAUAAAUGUGUGAGCAUCGCAUGCCGUA